AUGGCUUCCGACGAUAUUGCCUUAAACGCUGCACCUUAUUUCAUCGUUUACAAAGACGGUCGAAUCGACAGGCUCAUCGGCAACGAUAUCGAUCCUCCCGGUCUCGACCCCAUAACCGGCGUCGAGUCCAAGGACGUCGAUAUCUCGCCGGACGUCACCGUUCGUGUCUACAGACCCAAAUCCGCCGCCGAAAAAAUAUCUGAGAAGCUCCCUCUUCUCGUUUACUUUCACGGCGGUGGGUUCUGCAUCGAAACCGCAUUUUCCCCUUUCUACCACCAGCACAUCAGCGCUUGGGUAGCCGAAGCCAACAUCAUCGCCGUCUCCGUCAACUACAGGCGAGCACCGGAGCACCAGUUACCAAUUCCUUUUGAAGAUGCAUGGACCUCCAUGAAAUGGAUCGCGUCCCACUCGGAAGGAAAAGGACAGGAUGAGUGGCUGAAUGAAAUCGCAGAUCUGAACCAGGUUUAUUUAGCCGGAGACAGCGCCGGAGGAAACAUGGCACACAGGAUGGCGUUGAGGACGGUGACGGAGGGGCUUGAGGGAGUGAAGAUCAAGGGAUUGCAAUUGAUUCACCCACAUUUUUGGGGUGGAAAAUUGAUCGGAGAGGAAAAUGAUUGGGAUCCAAAUGACUUGUUCGUUGUGGAGAACCUGUGGUUUGUAGUUUCGAAGGAUAUAAAGACACUAGAUGAUCCGAUUGUGAACCCAGAGCACGAUCCGGAUUUGGGGAGGCUGCCGGCGGAGAGAGUGGGGGUAUAUGUGGCGGAGAAGGACAAUCUGAAGGAGAGGGGAAGGCAUUAUGCGGAGUGUUUGAAGAAAUCGGGAUGGGGUGGAACGGUGGAGGUGGUGGAGACGGAAGGAGAAGGACAUGUAUUCCAUUUGUUCAAUCCGACGUGUGAUAUUGCGGGGGAAUUGGUGAAACAGCUGGCGGCGUUCAUCAACAGCGGCUGCCGUGGGUAA